AUGUCGUCAAUUGUUGUUGGAAGCGGAGCUCUUGCUGAGACUGUCGUUGGACUAUUGUGUGCUGCGGGAAGACGUGUCUCGUUGGUGGCCCCCAGCGGGAAGGUCAACGCGCAAAAGUUUGAUUCCGUUGUGAUCAAAGCGAUUCUUCAAGAGGAUUCGGAGAAGAAAAUCCCGUUUGAGUUUGUGGAUGAUUUGAGACAACAACAAAAACUCGCCGAGAAGAACUUCAAAAAGAUCAACGUGACCACGGAUCUCUCAAAAAUCGAGGCUGCCGACCAAAUCAUCGACGCCUGCUCUGCCGAUGAGACCUCUCUCUUCUCUCAUGCGGCCAAAGCGGUUCCAAACGCCACAAUCAUCUCGUUGAAUGGAGACAAGUCGCCAAUUCACUCGAAUCACGUGUCCGUGAAGAUGUACAGCCCGAUUUGUGAGACAAAGACUGCCAAGAUGUUCACCAACUCAAAAGUGUCCAAGAAGACUUUCGACGAGGUCAACCAACUUCUCGACUCAAUGGGCUUCACUGUCCUGAGCGAGGAGGAUUCUCAGGUGGCGGAUCGACUUGUUCAAGACAUGCAACAAGUUGAGAAGUCGUCACCACUUAGCAGACUCGCCUCAAUUCUUGUGAACCCAUUGAACACCCCAGUUACCCCGUCGGUGCAGAAGGAGCAAUAUUUGCUCUUUUAA